UGGCACCCCGGGGUGCUUCUCUGCCUCAUCAUCAGCAGAUCAAGUGAAGAAAUCAUGAAUCAUCAGUGAGGCCUCAGCUCGAAGCUGUCAUUGUUUAAUACAGACGCUUUCAUUACCUGUGCUGCUUGACAUAACUGAUAUCCGAGAGGAAAUAGUACAUCUUGAGCUAGUUUUUAAUUGACGUUACCGAUCUGUAACGUGGGGCUUUGACAUUAGCUAGCCGAACCUGUCAGGCGCAGGGCAACUUGUAAACACUUUGUGAAAGAUGGCUGACAACGGAGCCCCACCGGCUGCUGAAGAGGACCCGGCCGCGGCUUUCCUGGCCCAACAGGAGAGCGAGAUCGCGGGGAUAGAGGACGACGGAGACGGGUUCGGGGCACUGGAAGGAGCCAACGGCCACCAGCAGCAGGAGCCGGAGCCGGACUAUGGCAAGUUUGAUGAGUCUGCCACAGUGAAUGGGGACAUGUUUCAGGAGUCCAAUGGCCCGACAGACAGCUAUGCAGCCAUCGCCCAGGUGGACAUUCAGAGACAAGAGCCGGAGAGUUUACGCAAGUGGAGGGAGGAGCAGAAGACACGCCUUGAAGUGUUAGACUCGGCAUCCAAGGCCGCUGAGGCCGAGUGGAGAGAGAAAGCCAAAAAGGAGCUGGAGGACUGGCAUGUGCACCAGAACGACCAGAUGGAGAAGAACAAGGCCAACAACAGAGCAUCGGAGGAGGCCUUCCUGGCCGAGAGUGACGGCGACAGCCCGGGAUCGGAAUGGGAGCGAGUGGCCCGCCUCUGUGACUUCAAUCCCAAAACCAACAAACAGGCGAAGGAUGUUUCUCGAAUGCGCUCGGUUCUCAUCACUCUCAAACAGACGCCUCUAGUUCGCUAAAGAGGAGGUCGCAGGGAGAGCCGCCUUCUUCGAGAAACAUUGCCUUUUUUUUCCAGUUUUAACCUCACGUCACACCACAAAGAGUUUGUACGCCCUUUUCCAUAAGAUUACUGGUAUGUUUAUAACCGUCUCAAAAUCCCGCUUUUCUCGAUGCCUGUUAUAUUGAAGUAAUUAUACUUAGCCUCACCCCUCUGAGAGAAGACGGACUGCUCCUUUAGCUGAUCAGUUCUUUCACUGCUACUACAUGAGAAAAUAUUGUUACUGUAAGUUAAACAUUUUUGCCUUUUCCUUCCCUUUUAACUUAUACAUUUUUAUUAGGUCAACUUUAUUGCAUGUCUCUGCCAAUAUUUUGGAUGCACAUGUUUUAGUAGUUUUUAUAAAUUUGCGUUACAUUAUUUGAGCACUGUUAGGGAUUAGAUUGUAACCACUUAUGCCUCUCAUCGACCAUAACUAAUGCUCUGUUCACAUUUGUUCUUAUAACCCAAAUGAAAGUAGAUUGCAUAUUUUUCUCUUUCACCUACAUAAGCUUUUUUCUUUCUUCAAUUAGGCAAAAAAAAAAAAAAUCCAACCAAAGAUCUCUUCUAGCAUCGAAAUUAUCCAGAGUUCACUUCAUUAAACAUUGUUUGGUAUUUUUCUCAUCUCACCGGUUUUCUCAGCAGACGUUUUAUGCACCAUUUUGUGUCACACUCGAUGUGUUUUAUAUUUUUUAAAACAGCCGUCAAUGAGGUGUCAGUUUCAGCAGUGAUGUCUGCACAUUGUUUCACAUGUUGCCUAUUUGGACUUAAUGAAGACAGGAGAAGUGAAUGUUACCAGGGAACUGGAAAAUAAAACAGUUGAGUACGAUCCCCUAAAUUUAUCUGUACUUAAAAAUAUUUACCGGCUAUUGACUUUUGCCAAACAAAAACACCCUGGAGGUCGUCACUGGAAUCCCAGUUUGUUCCACUGGUGUGAGAGGAGCUAAAAUUACAUGUGGCCCAAUGCCAACAUCCAUCUGAACUUUAUCAGACUCCCUCCUGGACUGUGCUGCUAAAAGUGCUGGAUUCAAUUUAAACACUUGUUUUAGCAUAAUGUUAAAAAACACAAUCAUUGGACCAAGAAGUGCCCAGGAGCAAGUUGUGUCUAGUUCUUAUUCUUUGAAGGCACGAUGCAGAUUUGUUUUAUUUUCAUGAGUCACACUUAACUAGCCACCAGAAUGCCUCUGCAUAGAUAAGGUAACUUCACAAAGUGCUGUGUCAUUCCUAGAUCUUUAUUUGGAGCCCUCCCUAUCCUAUGACUUUCAUUGAGUCCAAGACUCUUAAGUGGACGUUUAGACUGGGUCAGUCUUUGUCUGGAGUCCUAAUGUUUUAACCUGCUCACCCCAGCCAAUCAAAUAAAAACUCUUCACAUAAAAUGUC